AAAUAAACAUUAAGAAAAAUUUUUUAAAAAUAACAUGAAACUAUAGAAAGAUGAAAAUACAUACACGAAACACAUUAGAAAUGUUAUGCGGAGAAAAGAAUAUGUCUCUUAAUUAACAGGAAUACAAAUAACCAUUAGCAGAACUGAUUUUCAAGCAUCAUUAUUUAAUAAAUAUUGUUUGAGGACCUUCUCUGUACCACACACUCUUAAGUGCUGCAAGUUCAGUGAUAAACACCAUACACAAGUCCCAGCUCUCAGGAAUUUGUGUUCUAGGAAGGAGAAACAAACAGACAUGUCAGAUUAUGGCAAACAAGUGCCAAGUGGAGAGUUACGAUGAAGCGUGUAGAGAACGAGGUGAAAUCGGUGGUCAGAAAACUAAGUUUUAUGUUGUUUUCUUCUCCAUCAUUCCUUCAAAAUUCUUGAAAUAAUGCCUUUCCAAUUCAAAAGUGCAUUUUAGAAGCUGUUUAAAGUGAUAAGAAGUUACCUAAAUUCUUUGAUCUUAAUGAUUUGGAUUCCAUGGAAGGAAUUUAGACCAAUGGUCCUGAAACCAAAGCACAUUAGAAUCACGUGAGAGUUGAAAAAUGCUCCAGUUUAAUUAAAAGAAAAAUACGCAUGUGUCUACUUCAUUCAAUAAGCUUUAACAAAGUUUUCUACCGUCUUGUGACUUGGAUUGUUCCUGUCAUGAACUUAGAUUCACUGCAGCUGUUUCCUGCGAACGCAAAAGGGUAACUUCAGCCAAGUUUCAUUUCCUACGAAGAUGAAGGCACAGAGCUGUGGACGGAUCUCUCGGCAGCUCGCUCACCGCAGGAGCUGCUGAGAAAUGCUGCCACAGUUAUAUAUACCAGGAGAGCUUCUAGACGUUUUAGGGCCAGCGACAUCUCUCCACCGUCCUCUCACCUGGUCCACAAAUCUGGUCUGACUGCUUUCCCUGUUGGUCGUUCCUAACCAAGCCGAGAACAUACCGGUGAAGAUCAAGGACGUUGUAAAAGCCUCUGUGAGUAAGCUGCGACUGCACAACUGAACCCCAGCUCUUGAGUAAACACAAGCGUCCCCGCUUUGCCGCGUCCUCUUCACCACUCACGAGGGACAGCAGGUCAAUGCAUCUGAACGCGGUAGACCCCACAAAGGCAGGGAUGUCUGUCUGUGCUGUUCACUGCCUAUGGCCUCAUCACGUAGAACAGGACACAUGGUGAGCACACAGUGAGAAGAUGGCAUCUGUGAACCAUCUGGCAUCCACCAGGCCUGAAUCUACUGGCCUCUUGAUCUUGGACUUCCAGCCACCAGAACUCUGAGGACUUUUUCUUGUUCGAGCCACCCAGGCCAUGAUAUUUUUGUUAUAGCAGCCUGAAGGUACCAAGACACUAGGCCAGGAAAUGUGGACCUUCCUUUACAGGUGGAUUAUUCUUACACCGGAGGGAAUGCAAUGGCCUCAUCAAAGACCCGAAGAAGAAUGUGAAAAAUCUUCUACUUUUCCAGAGGUCAGCUGUGAGGCCAGCCCCUUUUCUGCCGCCAUGGCAACCAUGCAAGGAAUGGAAGGGGCCAUAUCAGAGGCUGGUCCUGGUGGGGACCAGCCGGAGCAGCCCACUGUUAUCCAGUCAUAUCUGUGGAAAAGGAUGCCAGAGAAGUUUUUGAAGGGGGAGCCCAAAGUCCUUGGGGUCGUGCAGAUCCUGAUUGCCAUGACGAACCUCAGCCUGGAAAUAAUAAAGAUGAGUGCCGUAUUGCCACUUUCUGACAAACAUUCUGUUUCAGGGCUGGACGUGUACAUAAUUGGGAGGCCAGUGAUGUUUAUUAUUUCAGGGUCCUUGUCAGUUGUAGCAGGAAUUAAAACUACGAAAGGUCUGAUUCAAACUAGCCUAGGAUUAAACAUCUUCAGUUCUGUCUUGGCCGGAGUAGGGGUCCCCUUCACUAUCUCCUCUUUGGAAGACCUUCAAGCAGGUGUCUCUGCCUGCAUCUUUUAUCAGAGGUUGGAGAGUUGUUCCAUGGCCAUGGCCAUUUUACUGAGUCUGGAUGCUGUGGUGCUCCUUUUAACCGUGCUAGAGUUCUUCGUUGCUCUGACCCUAUCUGCCUUUGGAUGCAAAGUCACCUGUUGUCAUCCUGGCGGGGUUGUGUUGAUUCUGCCAUCGAAUCCUCAUGUGGCGGAAACAGCAUCUCCCACACCAUUUACAGAGGUCUGAUGUCACCAACAGAUCAACAGCAAAAUGUUCCAGAAAACCUAUCCUGCCAGUUGGGCAAGGACACCACUUGGGGAAGUACCAGAAUCCAACUCUGACAUAUAUAUACAUAUAUAUGAUAUAUAUGUAUAUAUAUAUUUCAGAAUCAUGUUCUCAUUUUCCCCCAAGACCUCAACAACUCAUUUACUGGCUCUUUAUCAACAAUAGCAGAAAUUAAAUAAAUAAAUCAUGCAUUUAAUGAGUCA